AUGGUCGUAGCAACCCUUGUCCAUGAGAGGUAUCGCUUCAUCACCGAAGGUUUCCUGCCAGUGCCCGUUAAGGGCGGUCUGGUUGGCAUUCUAUGUCAAGAAUGCGAGACCCCUCUCCGUUACCAUUCACCACUGGAAGACGCAUGGAGGAUCCACUGCCCAUCACUUCCUAAGAAUAACCAACACAACUGGCGUACCUGGCGUUGUGAUCAACUCAACCACGAAAGAGCCUUGAUCAACGCCGGGGCACCUCGACCCAUUGUAUCCUCUCCUACAGACUGGGGAUCUCGGAUCUCACCUUCUGGGGUCUUGCUUGACCCUAAACCAACCAACUCGAACAAUCGGCGACCGCCCUAUCCUCUCCCCAAUGAUCAGCAUCAUCCAUUCUUAGGUCGACAACCACCAUUAGGACAACCCCCACCCCUCACUACGUUCGACCCCCCCCAGCUUGACUCUCUUGCUGGGCCACACCGGGCCAAGGUCAAGUACCCAUGUCUGCGACCAUCACGUGGGCCAACUGCACAUACUCACCGGAUUACAGGCAACAAAGGAUGCGCUUAUCAGUACUGCCAAGCAUGUUGCCUUGAAUAUGGAUUGGGGCCGUGUUCCAAACACACUCGAGCGGCCAAAAACCCAAUUGACAAACCCCACGCCAUUCCACGUCCUUGUCAACCAUCUCAAUUGAUACCAGCAAGCGCUUGCACCUCUUCUGCAGCUAGUACAACAACUCAACCAACACCUGAAACCAGACGAUCACGGCCGGGCGGUCGCAUUCACCAAUGGGCCCAAUCAGCCAACAGCCUUGGACGUCUCCUGGGGGUGCAAACGGUGGCGGCCAUCCAGAAUGACUGCCGCGAGCGUUUUGAAGCAGUAGAAAGACAGAUCGCCCAAAAAUACGAUGAGACGAAAGUCGUCACAAUCCUUCUAUGGCUCGAUAGGCGAGCGCAGGAGGUGCAAGCUAAGGUCAUCUUGGCGCAUUUUGACCAAUGGCCUAAGGCACGGCUUGACGAGUCAAGCCUGCUCAUGCAGGCUUGCACACAAACGCUAGGACCUACGUGGAACCAAGCGCUUUUGUUCUGGGACGAAAAGAUCGACUCUUGGUAUGAAACCAUGGUGUCAUUCCCUCAUCGGUUCCCCUCGAACAACAAAGUGGUCAUGGUCCGGUGGCAACAAGUGGACCCACAAACUCCUGGAUUGCCACAAUCAAAAUCAAGGCCAGCCCGGACCAUGCGUGUGGACACCAGUGUUGACCCCUUUCCACCGGACCAGCAGCAAUUUGUGACGACAACAACCAACGCCGAAAAGCCCCCUCCGCUCGCAGCCACCCAUCUUCCCCAAUCCGAUAGUGAAGAAAUCCAGGUUGUGCAGUCGACUUGGACGACAAGUGCAGAUCACCACUGUGCUACCUCGCCCAAUUCCGACUCUGACGAUUCGGUUGUCGUGGUGAAGAGCACCUUUACCAAGAGCAACAUACCAAGCAAGGUCGUCAAACGCGAAACAUCUGAAGACCUGCCCAUAUUUGACCCGUGUGCAUCAAUGAAAGAUGCACACGGUGAUCGUCAACCGAAUUCCGCGGUCACCAGUUCUACAUCUACAUCUAGUGUCGGCCCGUCUACCUCUGCCUCAUUAACGAGCUCCGCCAAUCUUUUGAAGAAAAAGUGGCCCAGCUCGGAGAUGCUUGUGUCAACACUCCUUUUGUGGUACAAGGAGUGUGAGACUCGCCCUCCACUACAGGCCUGGAAGGAAAUCUGGGGAAACGAGUGGGUUCUGGUUCCUUCAACUGUGUACAGGAACAGGCUUUGGGUAGAAAGGGUUGGGUUCAAACGAUUCUCAGACCAGUACAGGAAUCACCCUCGUGCCAACGUGGGUGAAGCACGAAUCCUCUACAAGAAGGAGUUCCAGGGUGUUGCUAAUGUCUAA